GUGCUGCCGUGCCGCUCGGUUCCCUCCCGUCCCGGCGACUCUUCCUCAGCGGCGGGCCGGCGCCCUGUGCUGCGGUGUGGACUGCUUAUAGACUGUUAAAGUGGAACAAAUAAACAAGGGUAUUUCAACUCUUUUAGUGCAGUGCAGUGUCACACAGAUCCAGCCAUGGCUGCAGAAGUGAAAAGUGAUAUGGAGAGGAUUGGCCUCUUCAGUGAAAUGGGUUAUAUUACCAUUGGAGAUAAAUAUGUAUCCCAGUAUAUGCGCCCUUUUAAUGAAGCUGCGAGCAAGAACAAACAGAUGUUACCUGGGGGGAGCAAAGCAUUGUCAGCUCUGCAGGCAGGUUAUUUUGAGCCUCAGUUUGUGAGGAUUUUUGAAGGUGAAGCCUACUCAAACCCUGUUCAGCUAAGGAGACGCUACAGAUUGGCAGAAUCAAAGAAGAAUUUGGGCAAAGCUUUCCUUCCCAGUAAUGGAGACAAAUUGCCGUCUGGGCUUGGCAGCUAUUAUGGAACCAUAGGAGGACCAUAUCCAUACUUCAGUCCGCUACGGAAAGCUGAAGAAAGAUACAUUCCUCCUGGAAAGAAUUUUUAUACUAAUCCAGGAAAGAAAGGAACUGGAUAUGGUUAUGCAAACCUUACCAUAGGUGAACAAUAUCCACAUGAAGCAGAUGGGUAUGAAGUAGACAGAAUAAAUGCAAAGAAAGAACGAGAGGAACAUAAACGAUUACUUAAAGGAGGGCCUUUCAAGUUAAAUCUAUAUCCCCGGGAGUACUUUGACAUGAAUCCCUAUUUUAAUGACAAACCUUUGCCUCCUGUGAAGAAACCACCUCCAGGGAAGCCAAUUGCACCACCUUUCAGACCAAGUUCUCCUGGUAAAAAGCCUGGGGGCAUGAAAGGAGGCACAUUUGAUCCUUACCCAAGCCAUUCUGUUGACCCUUAUGUAAUUGCAAAACCUAAGGCUGUCACAACUACGAAAGAACAACGGAUUUUCCAUCCUCCUUCUGGACCAAAAAGCAGACCUGUUACAAGCAUAAUGACUUUAAAUGUUGCAAGAUCAUUAAAUGUAAAGAACUACAAGACUGUACAGCUGGCAUCUUAUUAGUCUAGGACUUUACAGUUUCCCAUGCUCUGUCAGAGAACAGAUGCACAAGAAGUGCAAACCAGAAGAUAAGGAGGUUACAACCAUCGGCACGAGCUGCAGUUUUACAAGAUAGGAACAGUUAAUGGCCUGCCUGGAGACUGAGAAAGAAUACAAUAAGGUGUUAGAAGACGCUGGAUCAGAAAUCACCAUUGGACUAAAAAGGUUUGUGAAGAAUGUGUAAAGAGUGUGCAAGGGGUGGGUGCAUAAAUCAUAAGGGUACAAUUGUCCAGGGAUUUCUUUCUUUGGGGCCCCUCUCUAGAGGCACCCAGCUCGAGCUGUCUUUUCCAGCUGUACCAGCUGAAUAGAUUAUUUUGUUGUAAAAGAUUCGAUACCUGAGACUCUGCUCCAGGAAAUCUAGGGUCAAGCCUGAGGGAAGAAGGAGGGUGUGUGUAUGUGUAUGUAUGUGUAUGAGCAAGGAGUCAAAAGGGACACCUGCUGGCUCUUUGGAAUUCCUCACUGUGAAGGGUCUCCAGUCCUAGCAGUUAAAGACUCAGGGUGGUGUGUGUUCCCCUCCUUGAAUAGUGUGUGAAAGCUCAGGCAGUGGCUUCUCCCUUAAUAGGGGCCUGACAACUACAUAAUCCAAUUCCCUCAGGAUUUGGGAUGAGUCUCUUCAGGUCCCAUAGACUUGCAUAUAUUCAGGUUCCUCAGGUGGUCAUGAACCUGAUCUUCCCUUACAGUGCAUGGGACUUGGCUCCUCCAAUCCCUCCCUUGCUGUCCAUUCACAGUAGAACAACCACAACUUGUUCUUUAUUUCAACUGUUGCGUAAGAAAUAUCUUAAAAAUGUAUGUUUUUUAGUUUUAAUGACGUCAAAGUAUCAAGCAUUGUUCAAAACCAGACAACAAGCAGCCGGUUAUGGAGUCGUCUGUAUUUACCAACAUCUGUUUUCCCUGAUUUCCUGAUGACCAGAAGUGCUGCUGUAUUCUCCAAGAGCAGCUUAAUUUCACUUUGUGUACAUAGAAUAUUCCUAAACUUUGUGUAUGUGGAAGGUUCCUAACGAAUCUGAUCCUUCCUUCAAACUCGUCACUUCUCAGAUGGAACUGUGAUCCAGUGUUUGUUUCUUGUAAGUUCUUUCCCAAGAGCUUCAGAAUUGCACCGACCCUCUCUCUUGCACAGGUAACAACAGUCAUAAUUUGAAAAUCUUGUUGUGUACAUGCUGGAUCUUGCAGGAUCAUUUGAAUGUCAUGCUGUAAAAAUUGUGAA